UAUCAAGGUAUCGAGCACAUUUCAAAGGUUAAAUGAGUCAGAUGAAAGAUGAACUCGCUGCUGUUUGAUCAGUGAAGAGCCACUUCAAAGUCCAGCUGGAGAACGAGUCCACGAACUGACCGUCCACACGCACACAAACACAGAGAUUGCAGAGCAGGAUGUGGUUCGUUACAGGUUUAGUAAUAGCCUCUCUCUUGAGCAGCCCUGCGUUGGCUGGGGUCAAAGACAUCAGUUCACACUUGGAAGGAAAUGAGAAGGAAAAGCUGGUGGAUGCCCGUGGACUUUCUCCGUUUGGAGAGAACACAGACAUGGAGUCCAUUCCCCUGGACUUCCAUCGGGAGAACACAGUCACAAAUGACCUCCCUUUGGAGGGUCUAGAAGAUGAAGACUAUAUCGACUUUGAUAAGAUCAUGGCAGAGGGCGAGGAUGACUACAGCGAAGGUGACCAUAUAGAUGAGAUCUCCACCCCUGCUCCUGACCUGGACCUCUUUGGGGAGCCCAGUGACCCCAAAAUACGGCGCGCACGCCUGUUGCGGCUUUUCCAUGGGCGAACUCGCCUAGAGCGCAUCAAUGUGGUCAAUGCACGAUUCGGGUGUCGGCUUUAUCGGAAACUGCGCAAUCGACUUAACCAGACGGACAACAUUCUGUUCGCUCCUGUGGGGAUCUCCAUUGCGAUGAGCAUGAUGGCUCUGGGAGUCGGCCCAACCUCUCAGGUACAAGUCUACCAAACCCUCGGAUUUGGGGAAUUCAUCAACGCCAGCGCUCAUUACGAUAACUCGACCGUGCACAAGCUGUUCCGUAAACUCACGCACAGGCUCUUCCGGAGGAACUUCGGCUACACAUUACGCUCCGUUAAUGACCUUUACGUGAAACGUAACAUCCACAUACAAGAGGCUUUCCGCAGUGAUGCGAAGACGUACUACUUUGCAGAGCCGCAGUCUGUGGACUUUGCCGACCCGGCCUUCCUUGUGAAAGCCAACCAGCGCAUUCAGAAGAUCACCAAAGGACUGAUCAAGGAACCGCUGAAGAGCGUAGACCCAAACAUGGCAGUGAUGCUCCUGAACUAUCUCUACUUCAAAGGUACAUGGGAGCAGAAGUUCCCAAAGGAACUGACACACUACCGGCAAUUCCGUGUCAGUGAGAAAAAGCAGGUGCGUGUUCCCAUGAUGCAGAACAAAGGAAGCUACCUGGCGGCCGUUGACCACGAGCUCGACUGCGACGUACUGCAGCUGCCCUACACCGGAAACAUCAGCAUGAUCAUCGCCGUCCCACAGAAACUCUCUGGAAUGAGAUCCCUGGAGCAAGAGAUCUCCCCGACUCUGAUUAGCAAGUGGAUUAACAACAUGACCAACAGGACUCGUGAGGUGGUUUUCCCUCGGUUUAAGUUAGAGCAGAACUACGACUUAAUUGAGCACCUGAAGGAAAUGGGGCUGACGGACCCAUUCACUGAAAAGGGUGACUUCUCUCGAAUGACCUCUGAGAAGGUCAUCAUCAACUGGUUUAAGCAUCAGGGCACCAUUACAGUGAAUGAAGAAGGUACCGAGGCCGCAGCAAUGACACACAUCGGAUUCAUGCCUUUAUCAACACAGACGCGUUUCAUCGUGGACCGCCCCUUCCUCUUCCUCAUCUACGAGCAUCGCACGGGCUGCGUUGUGUUCAUGGGACGUGUGGUAGACCCUUCGCAGAGUUAAUCAGAAGCACAUACACUACACAGCGGUGCGAUGUCUGAUGCAUCACGGUAUAACAAUGAAACUAAAGCGUUAGCGGAUGAGAACGAUGGUUGUUUUGUCAUGAAUGAUGUAAGUUUUGUAAAGAAAUGCUUGUGAAAUUUAGAAACGCUGAUAAACAGAUGUGUACUUUUGAGACAGAACAUGUUGUUAAAUAAAUGAAUCAGAGGA